AUGAAUCCUGGAGUGGUGUGCGCGCCUCGUGGCCCUCGUGAACCCCACCAUGCCAUGUCGCGAACAGAAGAGCUGACAGUUGUGGUUGGUGCACAUGACCUGCGAAAAAUGAAAGAAGGAGCUGUCCGCAUUGAUGUAAGGUCCUACAGACAUCUGGAUUAUAGUGAAGAAGCUUUGGGGAAUGACAUCAUGCUCUUGAGGCUAGAGAAAAAAGUCGAAAAUAAUAAAAAUGUCAAAUGGAUUUCUAUACCAAAGACAAAAGGAGACAUUGAAGCACAUUCUGAUUGCAGUGUUGCAGGCUGGGGAAGUUUAGUAAGGAAUGGCACUCUAAGCCCAGUCCUAAUGGAAAUGAACAUGAAGAUCAUGGAUAACAAAAUAUGUGAAAAUAUUUGGAAAAAGCCGAUCUCAGCAGCACAAAUGUUUGUAUGUGGCAAAGGAGGAACCUGUAAGGGGGAUUCGGGAGGUCCUUUGGUUUGUGGAGACACUGCUGUUGGGGUCGCAUCUUUUGGAAAUCGCUGUGAUUCACCUGAGCAUCCUAAUGUGUAUACUAAGAUUUCAGCAUACUUUCAAUGGAUCAAAAAUAUACCUGAAAAAUAUAAUUGACUUUAUAAUAAUAAAAAAAGAUGUGUAGUACUAGUGCUUAAAAUGUUUCCAAAUGUUCAACAGACUU